AUGCCACCUCCCUGUGUGUUUCAUAACACGGUCCUGUCUUCAGUGGCAGAGCAGGGUGAUGAUGUGGCUGUGCUGAAUGGCUGCCAGGAAGAGCACAAGACUAGCAGUGCCAAGUUUAUCCCAGGUCACAGCCCCAGGGCAGUCAACGGCCUGCUGAGUCCACCGCUGGAGGAACCAGUGCGGGCCAGUCAGAGUUCUCUAUGUGACACGGGAACUGGCACCAGUCUCGGCAUGGCCGGGGGCACAGGGGCAGCAGGUACAGGCAUGGAUCACUCUGCCUUGAUACAGUUGCGUGCCAAGAACUACAGACAGAAGAGCGACGCCCAUUUCGUGGAUGUUAUAGGGGAGGACAGUCUAAUGAAGGAUUACUUUUUCAAACCACCCAUCAAUAAGAUCAGCCUUAACUUUCUAAAGAGCCCUCUGGAAAAAGCCUAUCGGAGCAGCUACAAGGAAGAGGUCAGAAACAUGGUUCCGGUGCAGACGUUUGCAAGCACUACCUUCAGCUCCUUAUUGGAUGUCCUCCUCAGCUGUUUUGUCUUCCUGGCCCUCACCCUGGCCUGCUUUCUUCCACCUCUCAUGAGCUCAUCCACUCUGGCUACCGCUGCCCUGGCCUUGGCUCCCCUGGCUGGUCUGUUUGAGCUGGCCUCCUUGGUGCUCUCCAUACGCAUGGCCUUCUACUUGGAGGAGGUGAUGAGCUGUACUCACUCCCUCCUCCUGGUAGUUUCUGGCUGGGUCUCUCGUCACGUGAUCGGUGCCGUGUUGGUCUCUCUCCCUGCCAUCUCUGUCUUGUCCCACCUCACUUCAGGCGUCCAGCCGGAACCUCAGGUGACCGCGUUCCUGUGCUGUGCCACCAUCCUGGCCAUCAUCCAGUUUUGUAACUUCUGUCAGCUGAGUUUCUGGAUGCGCUCAAUCCUGGCCACUGCUACAGGGGUUGCUUUGCUGCUGCUGCUGUUGUGCAGUCCUCUGUAUGGGGAAAGCUCGAGUAAUAACAGCUUACCAGUUCAAGGACCAAACACCUCAACAUUGAUUGACGGCAGUUCAGAAAAUGGUCCUAAGAUGUUUUCUGACCUUUUGAUCUCAGAGGCCAUCCUGGCCUUCUUCUUGCUUCUUCUCCUUGUGUGGUUCCUCAACCGCGAGUUUGAGAUCAGCUACCGUCUCCAUUACCAUGGCAACGUCGAGGCUGACAAGCACCGCACCAAGAUCCAGAUGAUGCGAGAUCAGGCUGAGUGGUUACUCGGCAACAUCAUCCCCAUCCAUGUCGCUGACCAGCUCAAGGUGACCCAGAGCUACUCCAAGAACCACGACAGUGUGGGUGUGAUCUUUGCCAGUAUUGUGAACUUCAGUGAGUUUUAUGAAGAGAGCUAUGAAGGUGGAAAAGAGUGCUACCGUGUCCUGAAUGAGCUGAUUGGAGACUUUGACGAACUCCUUCGCAAACCUGAAUUCUCAAGCGUGGAAAAAAUCAAGACAAUCGGGGCCACCUACAUGGCUGCGUCGGGACUGAACGUCGAGCAGAUGGCUGAGAAUGAAUCGGAUUCUCCGCAUGCUCACCUCAUGGCCCUUUUCAACUUUGCCCUUGAGAUGAUGGGAGUCCUGGAUGAUUUCAACAAGAACAUGCUAGGCUUCGGGUUCAAGCUCCGCAUUGGAUUUAACCAUGGUCCCCUGACGGCAGGGGUCAUCGGCACCACAAAGCUGCUCUAUGACAUCUGGGGAGACACAGUAAACAUUGCCAGUCGCAUGGACUCCACCGGCGUGGAGUGUCGGGUGCAAGUGAGCGAGGAAAGCCAUGCUGUGCUCAGUGCCAUGGGUUUAGAGUUUGACUAUAGAGGUACUGUGAAUGUUAAGGGCAAAGGUCAAAUGAGGACUUUCCUUUACCCAAAAAGUGGGGAAAGUAUAUACCAGGAUCAAGCGGAGCAGGCUGUCAGAAUUGGACCCUCGUCCGUGGUAUUACCUGCCAGUGAGACUUCAGCUGCCCAGCCUGUGGCUGCCCCUUCCACUCCUCCCUCCUCCUCUCUUUCCACACUCUCUACUCAACCCCAAUAUGCUAUAAGGCCUCCAGGAGUAGGCCCUGAGCCUGUCUCAGUUAAGCCCACAGAAGUGAGGGAGGAAGGAUAUAGGGACGCUGGACAGCCCCCUGCCACAGACGUUCACACCCCUCCCCAUUCUGAACUAGGCCCAGAGCCCAGUUGUGCACAAGGCCCCUCCCAGGUGCAGCCAGCUCCUCUCGCGCUUCAAGAAGAGGAGGAUGAAGAUGAGGAAGCGAAUGAGCUAACUAAACUCAAUGAGGAGUUUUAUGCUCGCCUCUGAUCCCUUCUGUCUCCUCCCGCUGUCUUCUAUUCCUCUUACUGCCCCCAGCUGCUGCCUCCCCAGGACUGAUUACCGAUGUUGGCGGGAUGUCUUUUCCUUUAAGCAAGUGUCUUUGGCAUGGAAGACAGACUGGUCACGUCAAAAACAAAACCAGUGGAUGCAGUGGCUAUAAGAUUGUACUUGAUGUCUUUCAUGGAAGUGUUGCCUGAGUCCUGGGGCGGGUUUUACCUGUGUUGAGCACAGCAGUUUAUGAUGGCGAACAAGCUGAAAAGGGAAAGAGGGAUCUGUUGGUGUUGUUGUUGUUGUUGAUGCUUUUGUUAUUAAGUGCCUUCAGGAUUAGAACAGUGAACAAAAAUAUGAAUACUGAACAAGUUUUAACAAUGUUAGACUACAGAAUAUGCUGUGGUUUCUUUUUUCAUGCUUUUAUUUUGAAUGCAAGUAUUUCUUACAGAAAUCAUUGUUGUGCCAUAUCAACUGUUUUAACUUGAUCAAAGUCCUGACCUUACUUAAGGGGAAAAUUAUUUCAGAUUUUAUAUAAGUGCCAAUGCAGAAUGACAGGCGGAGCAGGAAACUUUGGGAAGAAUGAGGGAAUCACAUGAAGCAGUGUUAAUUUAUGUAUUGUGCUUUGACAUCAGGGCUUAAUACAGUAUUCAUUUGUGCCAGAGUCUCACUUUCAAGGGACAUGCAGGCUGCAGAGAUUUUAGUUUGUGUAGCAGCUCAAUGCACAUUUUAAGCACAGGUCUUGCACAGUGUUUUUCUUUUUUUUUUUCGACCACUUGUAUUCAGUAGUUAUUACCAAUAAAUAGCUUUUAAGAAACUUUAAACAGAGCUGAGAGAAUCAAAAGGACAAAAUCUAAUCAGAUAAGGGACUAUAGAUCUGGAAGAAAGGUGGUUUGAAAAAGUGAGACCAUCACAAAUGCAGGAAGGCACUUUAAAUAUACUGGGAUCUGUCUUUCGGGUAUUAAACGCUCACCUCUCGCACACAUGUCCAAUUUUACAGGUAGUGUAAAAUUGUCUCGAUGCGAGCUCGCUGAUAUUUCAGCUUUUUCUUUGAUCAGAACCACUCCUGCUUGGAAGACCAAAUAUCUGUCUGGUGAUAUUUUGUAUUUUUGUUUUGACCAAAUGAAAAGAGUGAAGAGGAAGCCAGCAGCGUGUUGGCCUGUCUCUGAAUACAGCCACUCUCCCAUUUGCUCCUACUGGAAUCCUGAUAAAUAGCCAAAAUACAAGACUCACUCAUUCAAACGACCAUAAUUUGAGUACUCCCAUUUACAUCCACACCAACAACACAGAUUUCACUCAUUAUUAAUUAUAAGAGAGUCCUAAUAAUGCUGGGAGGUAGUAUGAUACUUGCAAGUAUUGGCAGUAUUGGCAGCUUUAAUUUUGUUUUCAUUGGAGUCAAUAAGUCAAAUGCAGAAUAUCACCAUUCCUGUCUUCUGAUGAGGUGAGCGCUUGAUACUCGAAGGAUUUCAGGUGAAGUAUAACUUUAAAUGGGACUGUGAGGGACAAUCACUGCGUAGUUCUUGGUCAGUGAUGGGGUGGUCCACAGGCUGUUGGCGUGGGUUUAAAUUUAGAGAUGAGUGACAGUUUCCACAGUACUGUGUGUAAAACCUCAGACUCAAAUCUUGUGACUUUUCUUUAAUUUCCGUUGCCUUCAUUGCUAAAAGAAAAAAAAAUCUAGACAAUGGUCAGCCCAGCCGUGCAAAUUACCCAACAGAUCAUUGUCGUCUGCCUUUAUCUUUGUGAUUUGCUGUUGAAAGAUCGGGACGUACUACCUUGAUCCUGUCACAGUCUUUUCACCAAUCGGGGCCUCUACUGAAUCAAUAAAAUUGUGCCACUUUAAUUGAGUGAUUAUGGGUGCAGUGCAGCCUAAUCUAGCUGAUUGUUUGUGGUGCCUGAAAGUAUGACUGUAUUAUUUUUUUUUUUUUUAGUUUUUGGUUUCCAGAAAGUUUUUCUUCUUUCAUUUUUUUUUUUACCAAGCUGUCAUUAUGCAGAGGAUAGAUUGUGAUUGUAUAUUUGAGACAAUUAAUGGUCGUUGUGUGCAGGUUUUGUUUCUUUUUUGAUAAAUUCCAGAUAUUUUUUUGUGCUUCUUUCCAGUUCUUUCCUCCUGACACAGACCAGCCAUCUGGAAAAGUGUGGUGGUGCUCCCAUUAAAUCGCUUGCUCGUUUUUCUCUUUCCUCACUUCGUGCUUUGUCUUUUCUCCUGAAAGCACGCGUUUCUCUCUUAUAUUUCCUAAGUGUGUGAGAAAUAUAAGCUUUUACGUCAACUCAAUCAUAUAAAAAAGAUCGAAAUGGGGACAGUUUGCUAUUGCCUUAUCCAUGGAUUAUUCAUUUUCAGCUUUCACCACCACAUGUUUAAAAAAUUUGUCAGCAGUUGGGUUAGAUGGACUUUCUCUGUUCAGAAAUCUGUCCACGUGCAAAAAUGCCAAAAUGACAAGAAGGAUGAGUUAUGUAGCUGUCGGGACCUGUAGCAAAACAUGUUUAUUUACCUCUUUCACUAAGCUCUCUGGACAUACACAGCCUGUGCCUUUUGAAUGUGGACUAUGUUUAAUCAUAGCAUCAACUUUCAUAAUCGCUGCAGCAUUAAUACCCUGAAAAUCCAAAGAGGUUUCUCCAGAAGCCGUCACUGCAGACGCUGAAAUAGUUAAAUGAGUCCUGCUUUUGUUGCCCAGAAUCAUUACUUUUUGAAAGAUUUACACUACUUGUACAUUUUCUCCACUUGCUCUUGUUUGCCAAAUCUAAUGAAGCAUAGCACACAAUGGAACACAAAUAAAGGAGAAUAUCGAGUAUCAGCUGCGAAGGAAAGUUCACCGUCUUGUUGCCUUGCGUUGUUAGACGAUCUAUGGGAUUUUCAGGCCAUGUGCCUGCAGCCCUACCAUGCACAGCAGUGACACUAACUAGCCAUAGAUCUGAGGUGGCGUAGGAAGAACCCCACAGGUUCGUGGGUACACAUCCUCUCCAGUAGCACUAAUCUGUACACACACAUAUGAAUAAAAUAUUACACGCUGCUGACUUAUGUGAUCUGGGGUGCAGUAGGGGGAGAUGUGUGUGAGUGAGACUUGUUUGCAUGCGAGUAGUUUCCUUCUUUGCUAGUCUCCUUAUUUUUUGUUUGAUUCUGUACUAUACUGUCAUCCUAUUUCAUUUCAAUGUCAUUCUACAUAUAUGUUAAUUAUUAUGCAUAUAUUUCCAGUAUUCAGGAAAUUCAAAUCACUAAGCUUUGCUCAUUAAAGGUUACCUGAAUACUGUCCUUCUUUGACAGUGUAUUUAUAAAUGAUUUGUUCCAGUUUUGGCAGAAGCUAGUUCUCCCCGUUUUAAAAAAGGAUAAGUUCAUGGCAUUCAGUCAUCUCUUUUUUUUUUUUCUUUUCCUUUUGGAGAAGUGUGAUUCUGCUUUAUGACAGAGAAAUAAGGGAAAUACAUAAAGGCAUAGAGUGUCAGCACUUAAGCAUCACAUUGUCACUCAUUUUAAAUUAUGUCAGCUGCACGUCUUUUCAUUAUAAUUUGCAAGUAAAUUCUACCCGUAUGUGUUCUAAAUUACACUGGGACAGAUUUUCAACAGUGUUGUUUGAUUUGAAAUGUAUUUGUUUUAUGUUCAUGAAUGAGAUGUAUAAUGUACGUUUUGUGCACAUUACCCAUGUAUCAUUUAUCAACACGUGAUAGUAAUCUGUACACAUUUGCACAAAGCACUCAGUGUUUGUACAUAUGCAGUUAUUUUGUCACAUAUGAUUUUUUUUAUACAUGUGCAUGUGUCAGAUUCUGUCCAAAAACAAUGAAUAAGAGACACGUAUUAUCAGAUUGA